ACCGCACCAAGAGAUUGAGUAUAGAGGGAGAACAGGAGAGGACCAAGUACUGAGCCUUGUGGAACACCAGUGGAGAGUCUGCGGGGAGCAGAUGUGGAUCCCCUCCAUAUCACCUGAUAUGAUCGACCUUCCAGGUAGGAAGCAAACCAUUGCCAUGCUGCACCACGAAUUCCUAGGCUCAUGAGGGUGCACAAGAAAGUCUUGUGGUUCACUGUGUCAAAUGCUGCUGAAAGGUCAAGGAGGAUGUAGACUGAAGACAGUUUGGCUGAUCAUUUAUGAUAGUGGUGAUGAAGGGGAGGAGGUCUUGAGAGAUGGUCUGGAGCAUAGUGGAAGGGAUUGGAUCCAAUGGGCAGGUGGUAGGAUUGCAGGAUAAGAUGAUUUGCAGGAUCUCUUCUGUUGUUAGUUUAGAAAACUGUGUCAGCGAAUGAGAAGGAGAAUCCUCAGUGUGUAGUGUAGGAGUAGGAGUUUGAAGUGAACGUCUGGCAGAUUUUUCCAAUCUUCUCAUCAUAAAAAGUGGCAAAGUCUUCAGCAGUCAGGGAGGAUGGAGCAAGAGGAGCCGGUGGGUUAAGUAGUGAAGAGAAGAUGUUGUGGAGCUUGCGAGGAUCUUGUGUAGAGGAUUCCAGCUUUUCUUUGUAGAAGGCAUUCUUAGCAGAAGUCACUUCAGAUGAAAAUUUGGACAGGAGAGCACGGUAGGAGACAAGAUCUGUGUCGAGUUGCGAUUUCUUCCACUUCCUCUCUGCUGUUAAUAAUAAUAGCCAGAGACUUUAGCCUAAAUGACUUAGUGAUUAAAACUUGAAAACAUACUUAUCUGUCAGUUUGGUAGUAGUAAUAAUUUAUUUUGGUUCUCUAGACUUUUGUUUCUUUGCGUCCAAUGCUUAAAUACGCUUAGCUGUGUGUGGCAUGUUUUGUACCACAUUCACAUAUUGGCUUUCAUUUAAAUGUCCCAGCUGUUCUAUUUUGAGAGUGCAUGUCUAUGUUUAGGGAAACAUCACACUGCUGUUUCCAGUCUCUUUAGGGGGGAGGAUAUGAUAUUUAAUCCACUUAGUGUAUAGCUUAUUCUCAAUAAGCUGCCUGGUCUGUGAAACUAUAUAAGCAAAGAACAAACAACAUAUAAUAUGCACAUAAUUUCUAACUGCACAUAUAUACAUGUUGUUUUAUUCAAAAACUUAAGCAAAGAUUGCUCAUUAUCAAACAUUCAUGUGGUGGAGAUGUGUUUAUUGACACUUUAUUGCAUGAAUAGUUUUUUCACAUUGCUUAUAUGCACGUUCAAGCUGUCUAAAAUAUCGCUGCUAUUCCACACAAGUAAUCACACGCAGAACUGAAUAUUUGCAUACAUGCACAGGAUGCUAUUCACCACUAUACACCACAGAAGUUCACCAAGUUGCAAAAGCUUUAAAAAUACACUUACUGCAGAAGAAGCAGCUCUUUCCUUGAAAGGGCAUUCCCUGAAAUGAUGGCAAAAAAUGGCCACCCAAGAGGGGCAGGUGUUUGUCUCUCUCUCUCUCUCUCUCUCUCUCUCUGUGUGUGUGUGUGAAUGUUUUUAUAUCUUGAUGGAAUGAAAAGAUAGAAAUAUCUGACACUUUUGACCUUAUGGGUACAUUUGGCUGGUCCCCUUGAGGAAAACUACUUUUUUUUUUACUUUUAAUUUAAUUUUAUUUUGUUUUAUUAAAAAAAACAACAACCAAAAGAGUCUAAAGGUUAGAUUUAGGUGUAGACAUAGUAUUAUUUAAUUAAUUUUAAUCUUACAUUAUUAAUUAGCUGCUCAAAUAAUUAUGUCACUGGAUAGUAAGGAUUGUAAGACAAAUGUUUGUGUGUGUGUGUGUGUGUGUGUGUUUGAUGAUGUUCUCAUGUAGCAUAACUUCAGAACAAGAAGUUGAACAUAUACAUAUAUCUGUGGUCCAGAUCAAUCUAAUUACAAACAGUUUGUAAUGUACUCACGUGUUGGGUGUGUCCUCUUAACCAGGGGUUCUGAAACAUUUUACAGUCAGCCAAAAAAAUAAAUAAAUAAAAUAAAAAAAAAAUUUAAAAAAAAAACUUUACUGAAAAAUAAAUUCUUGGACCCCAUCAAUACAAAUUUAUUUUACAAACAAACUAUUAGAAAAGAAAUUAGGUACAUUAUUUAAAUGUGUGCAAUAAGAUUUUGGCUAAUUUGAGCCAGGAAGCUGAACCAUGGCUUUAGACUACUGAGCAAAAGAACAAACCAGACAGAAUUAAAGGAGCAGUUUAUAAUUUUUUUUUUAGAGCUCACUGCUUUUAAUUUCAUUUAAAGCAUCCACAAACCAUCCCCUUCCCUCUAAUCAACACCACCCUAGUGUCUGGGUAAGUAAAAUGUAUGCACAAACCUAAAUCAAAGAAGAGGGCCAGAUCCAUAGCACAGCAAUUCUGACGGCAUUUUUCUAAUGUAUGUUUGAAAUGAUAUGAUUAGUAACUGCACUUUUAAAAUAAAAAUAACUUUGCCUUACCAUUUAGUUGCAUUUAGUCUCACUCCACUAAACAAAACUCACAGCAGACGUUCUGCAUGAGUGGCAUUCACGCUUGCUUGAUUCACUUCCACGAAUCUUGAGCUGAAAUUUAGCUGCUCAAGGAAACUCUGAUGACAUGCAUAUGCAGCACCACAGUGACAGGUGACACAUACACUAAACAAAACAUGGAAAGUACCAAGGAAAAGUCUUAUUUGUUCAUGAAUUGUCCAUCACUGACACAUCAUGAUGUUUUUUCUUUUGUGUUUACUGUUUAUGACUGAAUCUCAACAGCAGGGGGUGCUGAAAGGUAAAGCCUGCUGUGCAGGACCAGUGGAUUGUAUACCCAAUAACUUGUACCCUCAUCUUGGUCUGUUUCCACAAUCAAACAGACCAAAAAUAAGAUGACACAGAAGUAAUGAGGUCAGAUCCCAUACCUCCUUCAUCAAACUAGUUAAGACUGGAAAAAAAAACUUUUUUGGGCUGCAGACAUUUGAAUAAAAUGGGAUUGGCAUGACCUUUUAUUUAUUUAUUUGUGUGUGUGUGUGUGUGUGUGUGUGUGUGUGUGUGAGAGAGAGAGAGAGAGAGAGGGACAGAGCGAGAGAGAAAGAGCGAGCGAGAGAGAGAGAGAGAGAUGUUUUGCUUUGGUGGUUGAGGGCUAGCCAGAGCUGUGCAGCACAUUUUUGCUGAGUAGGGAGAGGCAGAAAAGCCAGGCAGCUGCCAGUGGAGAAAAAAGCUCCAUACAGCGAGAGAAAGAAAGAAAGAAAGAAAGAAAGAAAGAAGAAAAGAGAUGAAGGAGGAGCAAGACUGUGGAAUGACAGAGAGGGAAUGAUCAUAUCCAUAUGGAGGAGGAGGCUGCUCCCUCAACUUCCUGAGACCAACCGAGGCAAACAGGGAAAGAGGGAAAUGGCAAGCUCAUAAAUGAGAUCAGAGGAAUAGAAAGAAGUGAGCGUUGUAUGCACAAACAAUGAUUUAAAGGUGAGUCAGUCUUGUGUCUGUCUGUGAGUGUGUAAGAGCAAGCUUUUUGUGUUUUAAGAGAGUGAGACAGUGGGCUGGACUUGGUUUCACGCACCAGUGAUCAAGUGAAGUCACUCAGAGGAAUUCUUUCUAAAGUGUUUUUUUUUUUGCUCUCAACCCUCUUCCUUUUCUGCCAUCUGGAGCAGUGAAACAGUGAAGCACUUCCUACGUCUGCUCAGUGCUCAGUGCGCGCCGGGGGCUGUUGGCUGCAGCACUGCAUCUCUGUGGUACCAGUUUUAGGGACAUGAAGACAUUGUUUUCUUCAAGCAUAUCUCAGGACAUGAAGUCUAGACAUGUCUGCUGUAUUGACACUACUUCUUAAUGGACUCCCAGCUGCAUUUGACUGCACUUCAGUGGAGGUUGGAGACAUCAGCUGAACUUCUCUGAUGGGUUCCUCCCCCUUGUUUUCCUUAUAAGGCUAAAACGACUGAGUGGAAAAUCAUUUGAAUGUUGUGGUGGCUCUGCUCUGACACGCACUUGGAUAUCGAACCAGCUCUUUUUUUGCUCUGCACUUUUUUUUUUUUUCAUACAGGUCAUUUGUAUAAGGAACAAUAGAUGCUUUUGUUACUGUUUACAUGAGAGUUUUGCUGACCUUCCAGCAUCAGCUGGCCAACUUUGCUCUGGGAGUAACACAGCAGAGAAGAAACCUCUCUGAAGAUCAUCCUCCAUCUGAGCAAGUGCCAAAUCUUCAUACUGAAGGAACUGGUCCUGGAGACACCCUCAGGAUUGUGCGCACUUCUGGGAAAGCAAACAUACUUUAUUAUGUCAAGACAGUAUUUGACUUCGGUGAUGGUGGAUUAGGUUCAUUGGAAGUACUUUGAAGACAUUUAUGUCUUGCAGGGAUGAGAAAAUUGUAUGAGCUGAGGUCUUCCUUUGACCCCCUCUUUGAUCCUUUCUCUGCUUGCUUUGGAUCAUUAUUUUGGAUAGCUACCACUGAUUUGUUUGUCCUGGCAGUUAAAAGGUGGAUAUAAGGCCUCAGACGUUAUUUGAUAGUGGCCUUGUUGGGCCAAAAUGACGGCACCAGCAUGGUACCACAGGGACAUUAGUCGGGUUCAGGCAGAGGAGCUGCUGGCUCGAGCCGGGAAGGAUGGCAGUUUCCUGGUGCGGGACAGCGAGUCUGUGCCUGGUGCCUACGCGCUUUGUCUACUAUUUCAACGCCAUGUUCACACUUACCGCAUCCUUCCUGACGCAGAUGGUUUGCUGGCUGUACAGACCACACAAGGAGUGCAGGUGAACUGUUUCCGAACUCUUGGUGAUUUAGUUUUAGGAUACCAGCAACCUCAUAAAGGCCUGGUGAUCCCUUUGCUUUAUCCAGUAGUGAGAGAGACAGAACUAGUGGAUGAGAGCUCAGAUGGGGAUGAUGAGAAACCAGGCUCAGUGUGGAACCCUGUGGCCUCGUCUCCUGCAGCCCAGGCGCCCCCUACAGCCCAGUCACCUCCUGCAACUCAAACACCAGCAUCUCAGCUUCUGCUGCAAAGACUGCAGGGCAUCACCACAACCAGUGUCUCUUCUGAGAUGGUGGCUCUGCUUGGUGAGUACUUGCGUGGUGAUGUGACUCUGGAUCUGGAGAGUUUGAAGAAAGGAGGCUCAGGACUACACUUUCUCCAGCGAAUCCUCUGCACCACCUGCCAUAAACUGCACAGUGAGAUUGAUCAGACGAUGUCCAGUUUGGAGACCCUGGCUAAAGUCUUUGACCAUCCCAGUUGUCCUCUGACCUGUCCUAAAAUCCAGAAUAUGGGAAAGGGUCCAGAGGAGAACCUUGAUACUCUGCUCUACAAAAUAACAACCCUGUGCAACCUGCUAUCUUCUCUAGAGAAGAGGGUUCUCACAGCCCUCCAAGAGGCUGUGACCAAUCACAACCUUUCUGUGCAGCCAGCGCCUGUACCUGAGCCUGUAUCAUCUGUAAAAUCUCCUGCCAAGGUCAUCCCUGUGCACAGCUUUCAGGUGAAGGUGGUCAGGUAUGGAAGGCAGGUGGUAUCAGUGGAUGUGGACAAUGGUGUGCUGCUCUUUGACAGGAAGACCGGCUCAUUUGGCAUAGAGACAAUCACACAUGACAGGAUUGUGCAGCUGGUAAAGUUUCAGAGCAGCCCAGCUAAGCUGAGGAUGGUAGUGGACAGCCAUCACAAGCCUCCAAGAGAGCUACUGUUUGAGAGCUUUAAGAAAAGAGAGGCUUUCUGCCAGCUUCUACAGCUGAUGAAGAACACAUACUCCCAACAGAAUGAACCUGACGCCAUCUCUGUGUUUGUGGGCACGUGGAACAUGGGUGGAUCUCCCCCUCCCCCUACUCUACAGUCCUGGGCUACAUGCUGUGGUUUGGGGCUGACUCCUGAUGAAUCCAUUGCUUGCCUGCCUUAUGAUAUCUAUGCAUUUGGCACUCAGGACAACCCUCAAGGAGAGAAGGAGUGGACUGAACAUAUCAGAGCCACACUCAGAAAUGCCACCCAUAUCGACUUCAAACAGGUGGCACUGCAAUCUCUGUGGAACAUCAGACUGGCUGUGUUUGUAAAACCAGAGCAUGAGGGACGUAUCAGCCAAGUAAACACAGCAAGUGUGAAGACAGGACUGGGGAAUACACUUGGAAACAAAGGGGCAGUAGGGAUCUCCUUCCUCUUUAAUGGGACGUCUAUGGGCUUUGUGAACUGUCAUUUGACCUCUGGCAGUGAGAAAGCCCUUCGGAGGAACCAGAAUUUUCAAGACAUCCUCAGACUGUUAUCGCUGGGGGACCGGCAGCUUGCUGCCUUUGACGUUAGCCUGCGCUUUACUCAUCUCUUCUGGUGUGGAGACCUGAACUAUCGCCUGGAUCUUGACGUUGAGGACAUUUUAAAGCAUGUGUCAAAGCGGGAGUUUGAUGAACUGAUGUAUGCGGACCAGCUGACCAGAGAGCGCCAUAAGAGAAAAGCCUUCUUUAACUUCAAGGAAGAGAAGAUCACAUUUCCACCCACCUACCGGUAUGAACGGGGCUCCAGAGACUGCUACCUUUGGCAAAAAUACAAGACCAGUGGGGUGCGAGUGAAUGGGCCUUCAUGGUGUGAUCGUGUGCUAUGGAAAUCCUAUCCAGAGACUUACAACAUCUGUACUUCAUAUGGUUGUACCGAUGACAUCUUUACAAGUGAUCACUCUCCUGUUUUUGCUACUUUUCAAGUCAGUGUGGCUGCACAGUUCCCUAAACCAGACUUAUGUUCUGACCGGUCGUGGAUUGAACUAGGGACAAUUGACACCAUAGUGAAGACUGCCAGCAAGGCCAAGUUCUUCAUUGAGUUCCACUCUCGUUGUCUCGAAGAGACACGCCGUUCUGCAGAGAAUGACUCACAGAGCUGUGAAGUGCCGGGGUUCCUCAAAAUGAGCUGGUCUUCCAAACAGCUUCCCAAGCUUCAGCCUCUUGUCUCAGAUAUGGAGUAUAUUCGGGACCAACACUUGCUGCUCUCUGUGAAGUCAUGUGAUGGCUUUGAGUCAUAUGGUGAAUGCUGUGUGUCUCUGCAGUCUAUAGUGACCAAUAACUCGGAGUCAUUUGAAACAUGCCUGACCCACAGAGGUGAAGAGAUGGGUUCCAUCCGAGGUCAAAUCAAGGUUUAUAUACCACUGAACAAGUACCGGUCAUGGGAGAGGAGCUAUGAAUGGAUCUGUAUUGAGAAAGAUGAGAAGGGAUUACUUAGGAGCCCCUGGUCUCCCGCACCCAUCCGAGCAUCCCCCAAUCCUGUAUCUUCAGCCUCCCGCACAGUGGCUCCUAGUAGUUAUACAAACCCAGCCUACUUCAUUUUCGAGGGCAUUCCUGUAUUGCGCCAUGUAGAGGAAGACCCCUCACCCAAAGAACCCAAUGUAGUGUGGGCCAAAGACUCUGUGAUUCAACUUCCUAAAGUAACAGGGGGCCAUAGUCAUGACAGCAGAGCUGCCCACAGGUCUGACUUCACAGAAAUUGAAAUCCCUGGAUCCUUGCCACCUUACACACCCCCUUGUGACCGCCCAACUCAUAUUACCCCUCGUCCAAUUUCCUCAUACCAACUUUUUCCUGGACCAGAUGUAUCAAAUCCUUCCCAAAACCAGAAGCACAAGACUUCAAGUCCUUCAUUUCAGUCACAAAUUCAAAGGCCUAGCAUAACUCAGGAAUCAAUAUUACCUACCAAAAAUUUAGGGAAUGCCAGUAUGAACAGUUCAGUCUUCACACAGGACAUGCAUGGGACAGUUAAGAAGGACUAUUCCAGAUUUCACCAGGAGCGGCCAAUACCAGUGCGUAACGGACCAAAGCUAUACCCAUACAUGUCCACCAGAGUUCCCCUCUCCAAAACAUCAGUUCCCUGGGUGGUGGAUCAGACACCUGUAGCUUCAGGAGAUAACUCACUCACUGCUCUACAGAUUGCUAAAUCAUUGAGUGAGGUGGAUUUCCUGCCAGCAUGCAAGAAGUACCCCUCAAACCAAAGGUCUGCUCCACCAAGGCAUUAUGGCUGUGAUUAUACCUUAGCCCCUGAGACUGGUUCCUGUUGGGAGAAAGAGGUGUCAGUCCUGCAUGGAGCUCCAGAGACAGUACGAGAGCUGCUCAGUAGUCUGGGGCUGCAGCGCUAUACACUUGGACUCAGUCUCAAUGGCUGGAAUGACCUGGAUUACUUCAGUGGAAUAACUGAGGAGGAUCUGCGGGCUUCUGGUGUAAAAAACCCAUCUCAUCGUAGGAGAAUCCUGGAGAAUUUGCCCAAGAUUUGGGACUGAGUACUUGGACAUGGAUAACUGCUUUCAAUUAGAGUGUUUUAUUUAAAAAAAAAAAACAAAAAACACGCCACCCUUUCCUUAUCUCUUUGUCUUAAAAUCCAUUUAGUAAUGAUGCAUAUUUCCUUUAUUUGCGUCAGAGUUCACUGGGGUUUCAGCCACCACCCGAGUCUUAACUUUUAUUCUCUGCCAUUCCAUCUCUGUUAUUUACCUUGUAUAAAGCAGUUACAUAAAUUAUGUCUGUUUGCAGAGAGACCUCUUCAAGAGGAUUUGAUCACUUGAUCAUGAUUCAGCUUUUGUGUCAAUAGAAGAGUUUGAAUGUGGUCAAACCCGUGACACUGGUACUGCUAACCUUAACAUGGGAGCUAGAUAAACUGUUACUGCUAAAUAUAGUUGAAACUAGAUAUUUACAUACACUUCAGAAAAAACACAAAAACGUUUUUUUCUUUACUGUCAAACAUUAAAUCAGAGUAAACUUUUUCUGUUUUAGAUCAAUAAAUAUUAACAUAUUUUUUGCAUUUGUUAAAUGUCAGAAUCGAGUGAGGAAGUAUUUUUAUGUAUUUUUUUAAUCACUUUCAUCAAAGUCAGAAGUAUACAUGCACUUCCUUAGUAUUUGGUAGAAUUGCCCCUAAACUGUUUGACUCGGGCCAAACGUUUCGGGUAUCCUUCCACAAGCUUUCUUCAAUAGUUUGCUGGAAUUCUGGCCCACUCCUCUUGACAUAACUGGUGUAACUGGGUCAGGUUUGUAGGCCUUUUUGCUCGCACUUGCCUUUUCAGUGCUGCCCACAAAUUUUCUAUGGGAUUGAGAUCAGGGCUUUGUGAUGGCCACUCCAAUACCUUGACUUUGUUGUCCUUAAGCCACUUUGUAACUAAUUUAGAGGUAUGCUUGGGGUCAUUGUCCAUUUGGAAGACCCAUUUGCGCCCAAGCUUUAACUUCCUGGCUGAUGUCUUCAGAUGUUGCUUCAAUAUAUCCACAUAAUUUUCUUUUCUCAUGAUGCCAUCUAUUUUGUGAAGUGCACCAGUCCAAAGGAGCCCCACAACAUUAUACUACCACCCCCAUACUUCACAGGUGGGAUGGUGUUCUGAGGCUUCAAAGCGUCGCCCUUUUUCCUCCAAAUAUACCGUUUAUCAUUAUGGCUGAACAGUUCAAUUUUUGUUUCGUCAGACCACAGGACAUGUCUCCAGAAAUUAAGAUUUUUGUCCCCAUGUGCAGUUGCAAACUGUAGUCUGACUUUUUUAUGGUGGUUAUGAAGUAAUGGCUUUCUCCUCCCAGAGUAACCUUUCAGCUCAUGGUGGUACAGGACUCGUUUUACUGUGGAUAAUGACACUGUCUUACCAGUUUCAGCCAGCAUCUUCACAAGGUCUUUUGCUGUUGUCCUGGGGUUGAUUCACA